GACAGCAGCAGCAGCAGAACAGGCGACGCAGCCGCUGGACCCACCACUCGCUAAGAUUUGCCGUCCCACCGGCCACGGCUGCGGCAUAGUCCCGCAGGGCGUAUCAGCUGCUCCUCCGCCAGCCCCGGUGGCUGCUGCUAUCUCCCCCGUUAUCUGUGCACCACCGCUCAUCGGCCCCGCGCGCAGGCUGUUAUCAGCAGCACGCAGCACGCCCUUAUCUCCCGCAGUGUGCUUGAGCCAACUGAAGCCAUCAUUCCGACGCCCUACACCCUGGCGGAGGAGCUCCUCGGUAACUUCACCGACUUCCGACCCUCCCGCAGGGCUGACGUCUCCUCGGGUUGGGACCACAGCGGCCUUCUCUCGCAUAUAUAUUCCCCGGGCCCUCCGUCCUUCUUCCUCCAGCACCCACCCACCCCAGCUGGCUCUGUCCUCUCGGCGCUCUGCAAGCUACCCACCCACCUACCCACCCACCUAACACCCCCCCUCACCAUGAACAGACUCAAAGACGUUUUCGGCACCAGCGGCCCCGUGCCCGAGUCCACCGUCACCACCUCCGACGGCGAGGUCUACGAAACACAGAUCGGCUCCGCAACGUCCAAGACCGAGAAGAACCUGUACGAGUUCCAGGUCGACCACGAUGAGGUCGACGACUCGGAAAACUCCCUCAUGGGCACCCAGCAGAAGGGCACCGAGAUGAAGCAGGGCCUCAAGUCCAGACACAUCCAGAUCAUCGCGUUGGCGGGCGCCAUCGGGACCGGGCUUUUCGUCGGUUCCGGCUCCGCCCUAGCCUCCUGCGGACCCGCGGGGCUCUUUGUCGGCUACUUGGUUCUCUCUCUCCUGGUCUGGAUGGUCAUGAACCAGAUUGCAGAAAUGGUCACCUUCAUCCCCGUCCCGGGCCAAACAACAGUCUAUGCUCUAACCCAGAGAUACACAGGGAACCCUUCCCUUGCCUUCACCGCCGGAUUGAACUUGUACUAUGCUCAAGCGUUGAUCGCCCCAUCCGAAGUUACUGCAGCCGCCUUUGUCAUUCAGUAUUGGACCCCAAUCAACUCCGGUGCUUGGAUCACCAUCUUCUGGGUGACAAUGGUCGCCUUGGAGUUCUGCGCUGUCCAAUACUUCGGUGAGGUCGAGUUCUGGAUCGGUCUCAUCAAGAUCUUUACCAUCACUGGUUUGAUUAUCCUUGGUAUCGUGAUUUUCUUCGGCGGUGCGCCAGCCUCCCAUGGUGUUUUGGGUUUUCAUUACUGGAAACAUCCAGGCGCUUUCACGGAACAUCUAGUCAAGGGAAACACCGGUAAGUUCUUGGCAUGCUGGACGUCCAUCAUCAAGUCCGCCUUCGCGUUCAUCUUGUCCCCAGAGUUGAUCACCGCGUGUGCCUCCGAAGCCAAGAACCCAAGAGUCAACCUACCAAAGGCCACCUCCAGAUUCAUCUACAGAAUGAUCUUCUUCUACGUCUUUGGCUCCUUGACCAUCGGUGUCAUUGUUGGAUCCAACGACCCACGUUUGAUGAGCGCCAUUUCUGCUGGCGCUUCCUCUGCAGCUGCCUCUCCAUUUGUCAUUGGUAUCCAGAACGCAGGUAUCAAGGUUUUAAACCACAUUGUGAAUGCUGCCAUUUUGACUUCCGCGUACUCCUGUGGUAACUCGCAGUUUUUCUCUGCAACAAGAACCCUCCACUCGAUGGCAGUGAGAGGCGAAGUUCCAAGAAUCUUCGGUAGAACCAACAGAUACGGAGUCCCAGUCUACUCCGUCAUCAAUACUGCUUUGAUCAGCUUGGUUUCAUACUUGAACGUCUCCAACAGCUCUGCCGUCGUUUUCACAUGGUUGACCAACAUCUCCACCGUCUCUGGGUUCUUUUCUUGGGUCUUCAUCGGUAUUGCAUACCUUAGAUACAGAAAGGCCAUCGACUACCACAACCUAAAUGACAGAGUCACCUUCAGACCAAAGUUCGGCAUUGCAGGUGCAUACCUCACCAUCUUCUUCUUCACCUUGAUCUCCUUCACAAACGGUUAUGCCGUUUUCUUCAAGUUCAACGCUAGUGACUUUGUGGCUGCAUAUAUUACCAUUCCAAUCAUCUUGGUCCUCUAUGUUGGACACAUGUUGUGGUACAGAAACUUCACCCUUUUUGCACCACCAGAACAGAUCGAUUGUAUCACAGGUCUCAAAGAAGUUGAACAACAAGAAGCUGAGUACGAAGCUCCUGUGGCUAAAAAUUGGUUGAUGAAGGUGUAUUUCUGGCUAUGUUAGCGCCGCCUACUUUACUUGUUAUAGUUGCUCUUGUCUUAUUUGUUUUCUUUUCUUUUCUUUCCAUGAAAUUUAUUUUCUGCUUUUCGUCUGUGACCAGAACUUCUUCAGUGCAAAGCCACCA